CGAACAUCAUACUUUUCUUUCUUAAGGCCUUGAUCAGAAAGGGCAUUCACUCAUUCGGGAUUUCCUGAAGAGAGCGGGUGCCCAAUUGGCUCGCUUCCUCAUUUGCUUGCUGAAGGCCUUUUGUCAGUUCUAUUAAGUUACCCCAAAUUUCGAUCACCACAACUUUUGCUUCCACAAUCAGGAAAUAGAGACAAUUGGGGAUUGUCAAUGACACUUGAAAAGGUUUUUGAGGAACUAUCAUAGCUUGAAAGAGAUAUAAUGGGUGCAGUUUGUUGCUGCUUGCGAGACGAAUGUGAAGAUUUUGCCAACCCAAACAGCUCAAUGUAUAGGAACUGUAUAUGCUUUCCAACUCUUGUUCAGAACUUCUUGCAUGUGUAUGCAUCACUUUUCCAUAGAGGAGAAAGACAUGUCAUUCCUUCAUCGGAUCAAGGUGCAGCAUCUUUGAGUUCUACAGCAUCUCUUGAUGACUCACUAUCUGACAUGUACCGUUCUCCUCCGAGACCACUGCCAUAUGAUGCUGAUCCAAGAUAUUUCCGCAUGCAACAAGAUGGACAAGUCUCAAGAAGGGAGAAAGGCUCGAGCCACUCAUAUGAGGAAACUGAGCCACUACAAAGAAGUUUUGAUGACCCUGAAUCGUUAAGUGAUGUAAAUAAAUGGAGUCUGCCUACAUUUGAAGAAGGAUCAAAAGAAUACAAUAAGUCUUCUGUGGAAUUCUCAACUGCUAAAAUGACUUCUGGAGAUGCUCAUAGCUAUUAUUAUUCAGAAGAUGAAGAUGUCUGCCCAACAUGUCUUGAAGAAUAUACAGAGGAAAACCCAAAAAUAAUAACAAAAUGCUCUCACCAUUUCCACCUGAGUUGUAUAUAUGAGUGGAUGGAAAGAAGUGACAGCUGUCCAGUUUGUGGCAAGGUGAUGGCAUUUGACGAGACAACCUAAUCUUUGCUCAAGAAGUUGCAGUUCCAGAGGGGUGAAACCAGCAGUAGUAAGGGAUUAUAAAACCAGAACAGAUAAAUUUAAAGUCUGUGUGAAUACCAUUUUGCCAAAUACAUAUAUGUUAUCAUGUACAGUAAAAUAUAAAAUAAGUACUAAUUGUUAAACAUAUCCCUCAUUAAUGCUUGAGUUUCCAUAUUGUUAUAUGGUUUUCACUUUA